ACCAGGCCUUAACCAACUUCCGUCGCACAGUAAACGUUACCGCGUCCUGUGUGCAAUCGGCUCUAUGUUUCAUGUAGCUGUUACAACACAUCGUUACACGGCACGCAUCAGAUAUCAUAGGAUAUUUACUUUUUUUAUUAUUUGAUAUUGUUUAAAUAAUCACAAACCGUAGUCAUGGCGGAUGUUUUGGACAUUGAUAACGCCGAAGAGUUCGAAGUUGAUGAUGAAGGCGAUCAGGGUAUUGCUCGCCUUAAAGAAAAAGCAAAGAGAAGGAAAGGUAGAGGCCACGGUGCAGAACUGAUAUCAACGAGAGAUGAUGUGGGUCAUUAUGAAUCCAUGAAUAUAGUUGAAGAAGAUGAUAAUGAGCCAGGGCCUCAGAGAUCUGUAGAAGGAUGGAUUUUGUUUAUAAAUUCUGUACAUGAAGAAGCGCAAGAAGAUGAUAUUCAGGACAAAUUUUCAGAGUUUGGUCAGAUAAAAAAUUUGCACUUGAAUUUGGACAGAAGAACAGGAUUCUUAAAAGGCUAUGCGUUAGUAGAGUACGAAACAUUUAAGGAAGCGCAAGCUGCAAAAGAAGCUUUGAAUGGUACAGAGAUCUUAGGACAGGCUAUCUCUGUUGAUUGGUGCUUUGUAAAAGGACCAAAGAAGAUCAGAAAAAGGAGUCACAGAAGACGAUGAGAAUCAAAUAAAGUACAUUCGUAAAAUAUUCAUAAUAUAUAUUCAUAAUUAAUUCAUAUUGUAAUUACUGUGUGAAUCUGUGUGAAUAUAAUUUGAUUCUUUUCAUGUCA